GUUCGGCUGUCUGUCACAGGGUUUUCACCCAAUCAGGAUACUUUGUCCUUUCUCACUCGUGCUGUAGCGACGGGUUAGCUUCCAUUCAAGAUGUCGGCGGUGUGUGUGUAUCCCAUGUGUGUGCGGGCAAGCCGGGGCCUCCUCAGGCUAAGGAGCGGGGUGAGCCCGACUUCAGCUCCGACAGCGCUGGAGCUGGUGAGAAAACUGUCGGCUGAACAGAGCAAAGCAGGAGAGGGCAGUGGCACACCGGGGCUGGCACAGUCUAUAUUACAACAGACACUUCAGCAGCAGCAACACAAGAGUCAGGGCCAGCCUCCUCCUGCGGGGGAAGGAACCACUGACCACCAGCAAGAUGACCAAGGUGAGGACAAGAAAAAGAAAGAGAACACAGCAUAUGCAAAGAAGGUGGUGCUUCGACUGGCGGGAAUCAUGGGGAUCGGUGGCGCAGUCGGCGUGGUCUACGUCUUCGGAAGCAACUCUAUAGAUGAGCAUGGAAAUAAGGUUGUAGAUGAGUUUGAUAACGCGGUUCCAGUUAUUCAGCAGCUCAAGAGAACAUUCAAAUAUUUUAAAGAUUACAGACAGAUGAUCAUUGAGCCCACAAGCCCGAAGCUUCUCCCUGACCCACUGAAGGAGCCGUACUACCAGCCUCCGUACACCCUGGUUCUAGAGCUUACUGACGUCCUCCUUCAUCCAGAGUGGUCGUUGGCCACAGGCUGGCGGUUCAAGAAGAGACCAGGCAUAGAGUACCUAUUUCAACAGCUAGCGCCACUUUAUGAGAUCGUAAUCUUCACAUCAGAAACGGGCAUGACGGCGUACCCCCUAAUCGACAGCAUAGACCCUCAGGGCUUCGUCAUGUAUCGCCUCUUCAGAGAUGCCACGCACUACAUGGAAGGCCAUCACGUCAAGGACAUGUCAUGUCUAAACAGAGACACCUCCAAAGUGAUCUUAGUGGACUGCAAGCGAGAGGCCUUCAGCCUCCAGCCCUUCAACGGCGUAGCUCUGUGCAAAUGGGACGGCAACUCGGAGGACCGCACGCUUUAUGACUUGGCUGCUUUUCUCAAGACGAUCGCACUUAGCGGCGUGGAGGACGUUCGUAGCGUGCUGGAGAAUUACGCCCACGAGGACGACCCCAUCGAAGCCUUUAAGAGGAGACAAGCGCAGCUCGCAAUGGAGGAGGAACAGAGGCUGUCCGAUGUCUCACAGCAGAAGAAACAGGGUUUGUCUUUCGGCUCCAUCGCCGGACGCUUCCUGUCCCGCAAGCAGCAGUAGCGAUCGCUCUCGCUCAGGCCAUCGGUCGUGGUCCACCCCGGGCGGCGACUGGCCGACACGGCGGAACAAGAGUCACUGCAGUGAGUUGUACCUCCGGCUGCAUGGGAUUGGCUGAAGAUUGGUUCCACCGAGCACUACUCCAGAAAGACAUUCGGUACCUGCGCGUUGGCGACGGCAUACCUCGGACUGAAGGCGCAAUCCCACAGCCUGUCGUCACACGAUCUCGGCUGUGUUCGUCACUCGUGUCUACAAAGACGUGAACCUUUCCAGUGAACAAAGAACUAUGACUUCAAAUCUUGGUUUAGCAUCUUCAAGCAUAAUGAGGACUGUGGUCAAUAAUGUCAUUUUAGGAGGUUUGGUAGGUUGUGUGCACUUGCUGCUGGAAAGACUGCGUCCGUGUCCGAUCGUAGGUCCGAUUCAAUGAAGUCAUAUCCAGUUAUAAAAUGUCUGUAUAAUGCAAUUGAUGUGAAUCUCGUAAAUGAUUCUCAAUAAACCCGAAAUGACUCUCAA